CUGGAUUCUAUUCUUCAUCUCAAAAAUUAUAAAUUGUUUCAAUUGACUCCAACAAUAGGCGCGUCAUGUCGAAGCCAAUUACCUUUGUUACGGGCAACGCCAAAAAGUUGGAGGAACUAGUGGCAAUCUUGGGCCCUAAUUUCCCCCGCACCAUUGUGUCCAAGAAAGUAGAUUUGCCGGAGUUGCAAGGUGACAUUGAUGAGAUAGCUAUUAAGAAAUGCAAGGAGGCAGCGCGUCAAGUCAAUGGUCCUGUGCUGGUGGAGGACACCAGCCUGUGUUUCAACGCUCUAGAGGGCUUGCCAGGGCCAUACAUUAAGUGGUUCUUGGAGAAGCUGAAGCCAGAGGGGCUAUACAGGCUACUUGCUGGAUGGGAAGAUAAGUCCGCGCAAGCAGUGUGCACCUUUGGCUAUUGCGAAGGCGCCGAUGCAGAGCCGCAGUUGUUUAAGGGCGUUACAGAGGGUGUGAUCGUGGAGCCGCGUGGGCCCAGGGACUUUGGAUGGGACCCUGUGUUCCAGCCAAAGGGCUAUGAAAAAACAUAUGCUGAAUUGCCCAAGUCGGAGAAAAACACCAUUUCGCACCGUUAUCGGGCUUUGGAAUUGUUGCAGAAGCAUUUCGAGGCCGAAGACAGUUAAGACCGCGCUUUCUAUAAAAUAAGAAUGAAUUUAUUUAAUAUUUGAAUAUUUGUUCUACAAUGUCGAGAAAAUGUUCCAACUGAA